GUUUUAUUUACGCGAAAACGCACAGUUGUUUUCAGUUUCACUGCAGUUGCAAUGUACACCGUCUGAUCAUUUUUUACUCCCUGCUCCUACACACCGUCUGAUCGGUAUCCAAUGGGAGCUCGCUGCUCUAAGUUCUCUCUCUGUUGGUUCCACUCUCACCUCAAGCACGGAGUGCUUGAAUCUUCCGAUCUCGAUAAUAACGGCAACUCAUGGCCGAGUUUCACUGACUUCAGUUUGGAGCAACUGAAAGCCGCCACGGGUGGUUUCUCUCCCGAGAACAUAAUAUCGGAACACGGUGAAAAGGCUCCUAACGUUGUGUACAAAGGAAAGCUGGACAAUGACCGUUGGAUCGCCGUUAAGCGGUUCAACAAGCUGGCCUGGCCCGAUUCUCGCCAAUUCCUCGAGGAGGCGAGGUCGGUGGGGAAUUUAAGGAGCGAAAGAUUGGCGAAUCUGAUUGGUUGUUGCUAUGAAGGCGAUGAGAGAUUGCUGGUUGCGGAGUUUAUGCCGAAUGAUACUCUUGCAAAACAUCUCUUUCACUGGGAGACCGAGCCCAUGAAAUGGGCUAUGAGGUUGAGGGUGGCACUGUAUUUGGCCCAAGCUCUGGAAUAUUGCGGCAGCAAAGGAAGGGCACUGUACCAUGAUCUCAAUGCCUACAGGAUUUUGUUUGAUAAGGAUGGUAAUCCCCGGCUUUCUUGCUUUGGCCUCAUGAAAAAUAGCAGAGAUGGCAGAAGUUACAGCACAAACUUGGCUUUCACCCCUCCAGAGUACUUGAGAACAGGCAGAGUGACACCAGAAAGUGUAGUGUACAGCUUUGGCACCUUGUUACUAGAUCUUCUAAGUGGCAAACAUAUUCCCCCUAGCCAUGCACUUGACUUGAUUCGUGGGAAGAAUUUCCUAAUGUUAAUGGACUCAGCUUUGGAGGGCCAUUGUUCAAAUGAUGAUGGAACUGAAUUAAUGCGGUUAGCUUCUCGUUGUCUGCAGUAUGAAGCUCGAGAGAGGCCAAAUGUAAAGUCUCUUGUCACCGCUCUCAUGUCACUCCAGAAAGAAGCAGAGGUUCUGUCACAUGUUCUGAUGGGUAUUCCACAUGAAACUGAAUCUUCUGCAAAGCCAUUGUCAUUGACACCUUUUGGUGAAGCUUGCUUGAGAAUGGAUCUCACUGCCAUCCAUGAAAUAUUAGACAAGACUGGAUACAAGGAUGAUGAAGGCGUUGCCAAUGAGCUUUCUUUCCAAAUGUGGACAAAUCAAAUGCAGGAGACCUUGAAUUCUAAGAAACAAGGAGAUACUGCAUUUCGAGCUAAGGAUUUUGCAACUGCCAUUGAUUGCUACACACAAUUCAUUGACGGGGGAACCAUGGUUUCGCCAACAGUGUAUGCAAGGCGCUGCUUGUGUUACUUGAUGAACGACAUGCCACAAGAUGCUCUUGGAGAUGCUAUGCAAGCCCAGGUGGUGUCUCCUGAAUGGCCCACUUCUUUAUAUCUUCAAGCAGCAUGCCUUUUCAGCCUUGGCAUGGAGAAUGAUGCACAAGAAACACUCAAAGAUGGCACAACUUUGGAAGCUAAAAGGAACAGAAAUUGAAAGUGUAUAGGGUUUCUCUUUUGUUUUGUUUUAAUUUCUCCCAUAGUUAUGUUCAGGCUCUUGUAUUUAUUUGGCCAUGCCUCAUGUCUCAUCUCUUUCCAUUUUGAGCUUUUGUGAUGUCACAGAAUUCUUUGAUAAUUAUUUCUGUUGUGGUAAUAUCUAUAUUUAUGCAGCCCCUUUACCUGGUGAAGGGUCUAUCUGUAACAUCUGAGUUUACAGAACAUAUAAUAUUUUCUAUGUUCAUUCCUGCAACUUAAUUUAAUACAUGGAAGAAUAUUUAAACG